AUGCUUGAUUCAGCAGACUAAUUCUAAUCAGCCUUCUUAUAGCCAAUAAGUCUGAAACCAUAAAGCUCCUCUAAAGAAGUAAAGAAAUAUAAAUACGUAUUUGUUAGACUUAAAUAGAAAUAAAAGUCAUAACCUCCGUAGCACUGCAUAUCAUUAAAAGUAGAUAGCCCUAAAAAUUUAUUUAAAACCUACUCAGAGCCUGUUAGAACCCCUACAAAUAAUUAGUAGACAUUUUCAAAUUAAUAGUUUUAAUAAAGCCAAAACCUUAGUCAACCAUAUAUAGCCAAAUCUCAAUAACCUUCAACUUAGAAUUAAAGAGAAUUCAAAGCAUUUUACUAGCGGCAAGAGUAAAAUAUUGAAAAAUAAGAUAAGUGUUUGAUCGAUCCAUUACCUUUGUUAAUGUCCGAAUUUCAUCCUAAUUCAGGUGAGAGUAUAGUCUCAUCUUUGAUCAAUAACAAUAAUAUAGAUGAUUUAAAGAAAACAAUCAAAGAAACAGCUUACAAACCUUCAGUGAAAGAAUUUUAGGUAUGUAAAUAUAGACACGUUGUUGUCAUUUUAUAUGGAAUGGCACUAGCUAUUAUUUCACUACUUUUCCCCUUAUGCAAUCCCAUAGUUAAUGUUGUUAAGCAACUUUAUAAUGUUGAUACAAGUAUAGUUAACUUAAAUAGUCUUCUCUUCUUACUCAUGCAUCCUUUAUUCACAUUUCCAGCAAAUUUCAUAAUUGAUCAAUAUGGAGUAAAAAUUUCAAUAACUAUUGGGUGUGUUGUAUGUAUGGCUGGUGCUUGGUUGCGUAUGUUAGUAAAUUAAAGCUUUUAUAUCAUGAUAGCGGGAAGUAUUUUAUGUGGUAUAGGACGUCCUUUUAUCUUAAAUUGCUAAGGAAAAAUUGUUGCAAAUUGGUUUUUCCCUAAAGAUCGCUCUUUAAUUACUUCUCUUCUAUCAUUUAUUCUUACUUCAUUCACAGUAAUAGGUUUGCUCUUCCCUGGCUUUGUAUUUAAUAGCUACGAAUAAUAAGAUGCAAAAGAUGAUCCUGAUAAAGGAAAAAGCCUUAUGACUAGAUUGGUAUUAAUUGAAGCUUGUAUCUGUACUUUCUGUUUAUUACCUAAUAUUUUCUUAUAGCGUGAGAAACCUCCUCACCCACCUUCUUACACAUGUACUGUUCAACGUUAAUCACCAUUAGAAGGCUUAAAGAGUAUCCUUAAAAACACAAACUUUAUUCUACUAUGGAUAAUUUAUGGAAUUUACUUUGGAAGCUUUAAUGCUGUUGGUAUAGUCCAAGCAUCAAUUAUGGAUACCUAUAAUAUUAAGUCUCCUUCAGAAAAUAGUGUUAUUGGUUCAGUUCCAGUUGCAAGUGGCUUUAUUAGUGUGAUAUUUGUAAGCAUUAUACUUAAAAAAUAUUAUAAGUUCAAACUUACUUUGAUUAUUUUUAUAAUUGGAUGCGUUAUUUCUAUAACUAUAAUGCCUCAAAUUAUUAAAUAUGGCUAUGGUGCAGCUAUUGGCUCAAGUCUGCUAAAUGGUGUCUUUGUUGUACCAGCAGUUCCAUUGAUGCUUGAAUUAGGUAUUGAAUUAAGUUUUCCAGUUAGUGAGGCCAUUGGAGUUGGUCUCUUGUUUGCAGGUGGAUAAUUAUGGGGAACAGCAAUAGGUUCUAUUGUAUCUAUAUAUUGCAAAGGAGAAACUUAAGAAUCAAGUGAUGCUGCUAUUUACACUUUUUCAGGACUUUUUGGAUUGGCAUUAAUUCUAUGCUUAUUUUUGAAAGAAGAUCUUAGAAGACUUAGAGCUGAAAAAACCAAAAAUGUUACAUCAGUCCAUCUUACUGUUAAUCAAUGGAAUCAAAUUAAAAGUGAGUUUGGAGGAGAUGUUUAUGAUAAGAAAGAUCAUUAAGUUUAUGAAACAGAAUCAGAAGAUGAUUGA